AUGGCAGAGGCACCAGCCAAGCGACAAAUGUCCUCCAAGGAGGGGCCGUACGAGCUCAUCUACUGGGGCGGCAUGCCCGGCCGCGGCGAGUUCGUCCGCCUGCUGCUCGAGGAAGCCGGCGCCGACUACACCGACACGGCGCAUAUCGAGAACGGCGUCAAGGAGGUCCUCGGGCUCAUCGACGAGGGCUACAAGGGCGACGGAGACAACCCUCCCCCCUUCGCCCCGCCCAUCCUGCGCCACGGCGACCUCGUCAUCAACCAGACGCCCAACAUCCUGCUCUACCUCGGCAGACGCCUCGGGCUGGCCGGGAACGAAUCCGAGGGAGAGGGCGACUCCUACAGGGUCAACGAGCUGGCGCUGACUGCGCUCGACGGCUUCAGCAACGAGGUACACGACUGCCACCACCCCAUCUCCACCGGACUUUACUACGAGGACCAGAAGGAGGAGUCCAUCCGCCGGAGCAAGGACUGGGUCGCGACCCGCCUCCCCAAGUUCCUGGGCUACUUCGAGCGGGUCCUGAACUCGCCCAGCGCGGGCAAAGGACCCUGGCUGCACGGUGGACAGCUGACGUACGCCGACCUGGUGCUCUUCCAGGGCCUCGACGGCACCAAGUUCCAGUUCCCCAAGGCCGUUGGCAAGUGCAGAGCAGCUGGAAAGUAUGACAAAGUGUUUGCACUCUACGACGCGGUUCUGGAGAGGCCCAAGAUCAAGGCCUAUCUCGAGAGCGAGCGGCGACAGAAGUAUUCGCUGUGCAUCUGGCGGUACUACUCUGAGCUCGAUGUGGAGUGA